UGGAAGCUUAUAAAAGAGAGAGAGAGAGAUAGAGAGAGAGGGGGGGUAAAAACUCAAAAGAAAUUAGAGAGCUUCUGUUUCCGUUGCAUUUUACAACUAGCAGUUUGGAGUUCUUCUCUCUUUGGUUUGCGAGAUUUCUCUCAACUUAUACAUCUUUCUGUUUCUGGUUUUUUCCGUUUCCACACUGUGUGUGUAUGUACACAUAUAUAUGCGCUGUUCUUCCUCUGUUUUUUCCUUGUUUUCUGAAGCAGAAAGGUCUGUAUAUUUCCAGAAAAAAUAAAAGAAAAUAAAAGGAGUCUUUUUUUUUUCCAUGCAAAUAAAUAUUCAGGCGGUCAAUUGUUUCUGUGUUUUUCUGUGCAUCUGAGCUUGAAAUCUCAAAUGUGGUGGAGGUUGAGCCACUGAAACUUCAGCUCUUCUUCCAUUUCCAUCCUUUCAUGUUUCUUAUUUUUUCAUAAAAACCCCCACUUUUAUCAUCUGGGUUUCUCUCAGAAUCCAAAAAGUUUCAAUCUUUACACUUCUUUCUUCUCCCGUUUGCUCCUCUGUUUUCUGCGACGAAAAAUCACAGAAAAAAUCCCAAAUGGAGCGGCUGUCGACGGCGGCGAAGCUCCCGGAUUCAUUUUUUGGCGGCAGAGACGACAUUUCCAUGCAAAUGGGGUUGAUUUGGAGCCAGAUCAAAGCCCCACUGAUCGUUCCUUUGCUGCGGCUCGCCGUCGUUCUGUGUAUGAUCAUGUCGGUGAUGCUCUUCGUCGAGCGGCUGUACAUGGCGGUCGUCAUCGUUCUGAUCAAGUUGUUCGGGCGGAAGCCGGAGAAAAGGUACAAAUGGGAGCCCAUGAAAGAUGACGUGGAGCUCGGAAACUCGGCUUAUCCAAUGGUUCUGGUUCAAAUCCCAAUGUACAAUGAAAGAGAGGUUUAUCAGCUUUCAAUUGGAGCUGCAUGUGGGCUUUCAUGGCCCUCCGAUAGGAUCAUCAUCCAAGUCCUUGAUGAUUCAACUGACCCAACCAUCAAGGACAUGGUGGAGUUGGAGUGCCAAAGGUGGGCAAGCAAGGGGAUAAACAUUAAGUACGAAAUAAGAGACAACAGAAAUGGCUACAAAGCUGGGGCUCUCAAAGAAGGCAUGAAGCGCAGCUACGUCAAAAGCUGCGAUUUUGUGGCCAUUUUUGACGCGGAUUUCCAGCCGGAGCCCGACUUUCUGUGGCGGACGAUCCCCUUCCUCCUCCACAACCCUGAGCUCGCACUCGUCCAGACUCGCUGGAAGUUCGUGAAUUCAAACGAGUGCUUGAUGACAAGAAUGCAAGAAAUGUCACUGGAUUAUCAUUUUACUGUUGAACAAGAAGUGGGCUCCUCCACUCAUGCCUUCUUUGGAUUCAAUGGGACUGCUGGUGUAUGGAGAAUUGCUGCGAUCAAUGAAGCCGGAGGAUGGAAGGACCGGACAACAGUGGAAGAUAUGGAUCUGGCUGUUCGAGCGAGUCUCCAAGGCUGGAAAUUUGUAUAUCUUGGUAGUAUACAGGUGAAGAAUGAAUUGCCAAGCACUUUCAAAGCCUACCGCUACCAACAGCACAGGUGGUCUUGCGGUCCAGCUAAUCUUUUCAGGAAAAUGGUCAUGGAAAUUAUAAGGAACAAGAAAGUAACAUUCUGGAAGAAGGUACAUGUGAUUUACAGCUUCUUCUUCGUCAGGAAGAUCAUAGCGCAUAUCAACGCGUUUGUAUUUUACUGCAUUGUCUUGCCCGCAACUGUCCUGGUUCCUGAGGUUGUGGUGCCAAAGUGGGGAGGAAUUUAUAUUCCUUCCUUGAUUACCCUUCUCAAUGCAGUUGGCACUCCAAGGUCUGAUUUCCUUUUGAACUUCUGCUUUUUUUGCCAUUUCGAUUUGUAUUUCUCUUGUAUUCAGUUGGCCUUUAAAUUAGGAAUUCAUGUUCUACGAUUUUGCAGGUCAAUCCACUUGUUGGUGUUCUGGAUCCUAUUUGAGAACAUCAUGUCACUACACCGUACGAAGGCUACAAUUAUUGGUCUGCUAGAGGCUAGUCGAGUGAAUGAAUGGAUCGUCACUGAGAAACUUGGAGAUGCGCUCAAGACUUUGAAAGUGGCCACAAAAUUACCCCGAAAACCUAGAUUCAGGAUCGGAGAAAGGCUUCAUUUGUUAGAGCUAGCUGUUGGAUUGUACCUCUUCUUCUGUGGCUGUUACGAUUUCAUCUUUGGGAAGAACUACUUCUACCUGUUCCUUUACAUCCAAGCAACUGCCUUCUUUAUCAUUGGUUUCGGGUAUGUUGGGACAUUCGUUCCCAACUCUUAACGCGGCUGCUGCAGAAACACUACGAAAUCAUUCUCUUCUUCGAAGAAUACCAGCGCGCUAGUAAAGAGAGAGACCAACAAGAAGCGGGAAAAUGAUGGCCAAUUUUUUAGGUACAGCAUAAGAUUUCGAGGCGACUCGAAAAAAUUAGUUCUCUUGUGAAUAGUCAAGAAAAGUAAGGAAAUUACAUUUUACAGAUUGUUGUUAUGGGAAUGCAACACAGAAGGAAGAAAUGGCUUUUAGGUAACUCAAAGGGUUCUGUGACCCCAAUCAGAGAACAUCUUUUGUAUGGAGAUUGCUUGUAACUCUCAGAUUUUUCUUUGAUCCUUUAAGUUUUCCAUUUUUUUGGUUGGAUUUUGCUCAAAUGAAUAAACUCCAUCGAAAUGGAACAUCACUAUUUUGAUCUC